AUGGUGACCAAGGUGGAUCAGCCAACUCGGGAGGCGGGAGCGCGCCUGAGCGCGGGGCUACUCAGACGCAGGUCUCGGGGCAGCAGAGUGGCGCCCUUCUGGGUGCGCUUAAGCCCCAAGUUGGUGGCCGUGCGCCCGGGGGGCUCCGUGUGGCUCAACUGUAGCAGCAACUGCUCCCUGCCCGAAGGCUCCGGACUCCACACCCAGCUGCAGCAGGGCAAGACGCUCAGCGGGCCGGGCUGGAUGUCCUUCCAGCUGCUGGACGUGACGGCCUGGAGCUCUGUCGUGGGUUGCUUCGUCACCUGCGGGGAGGAAACGCGCUGGGCCACGGCCAGAGUCACCGCCUACAAACGACCGCACAGCGUGGUCCUGGAGCCGCCGGUCUUCACCGGCAGCAAGUACACGCUGCGCUGCCACGUGACGCACGUGUUCCCCGUGGGCUUCCUGGUGGUGAGCCUGCGCUGCGGCGGCCGGGUCAUCUACUCCGAGAGCCUGGAGCGCUUCACGGGCCUGGAUCUGGCCAACGUGACGCUGACCUACGCGCUGCCCUCCCGGGUCCGCUACCUCUGGCAGCCUGUCACCUGCCACGCGCGCCUCAAUCUCGAUGGCAUGGUGGUCCGCAGCAGCUCGGCGCCCUUGACGCUGUCCACCUUCGUUUGGAACACCCGGGCCAAAGUCACGUCCUCUACCUCCAUCGCAGCCUUUGUGGGGAUCCUUCUCGCCGUGGGAGCCACCUAUCUGCGCAGGUGCCUGGCGAUGCAUACCCAGGUGUAA